AAUAAGUUAAUUUUUAUUAGAAUUGAAUUGAUGACAAUCGGUUAGGUUUUAAUUGUACGUUUUUUAUAUUAAUUUUUGUUUCUUAAUUGUUCUUCCAUACUCAUUAAUUAAUCUAAUGGCGUCUAUCAAAAUCUCUACCUGAAGUGUCAUUUGUGAUCAAUUGGUUUAACUGAAUUCUCUUCAUCUUCUUUUGUUUAACAGUUACGCCAUCUUAAAGUCUUGGUUCUUUUUCUGGUUUUCUUUUUUUUCUCUCAUCAUUUUCUCUUCUUCUCUUCGGAAUUUUUUUCUCUUUAAAAAGUUCAAUGUAAUGGUUAUACUGGUUUUAUCUAUACUACUACUACUACUACCUGGUUGAUUUGUGUGUCUCUAUCUGUGUCAAUCAAUGAGCCUUCUUUGUCAAGUUUACAACCAUCAGGAUCAUUCAAAUCAUCGACAUGAUUAUCCUGGUGAAGUAUCACGGAAGGAGAAACAUAGGAAGUAUCGAGAGAAUCCACUACAAUACAUAGGAGAUUAUCAUAAUCAUAAUGAUGAUGAAAAUUAUUUAAAAAAUUGUAGUCAACAUUCAGAUCUUUCUGACCAACAUUCACAACAUCAGUAUAAAGAAAAUUCUCAAAUUAAUUCGCAUAAUCAUCACCACCAACACCAGGAACAACAACAUGACCACCUUUGUCAUCACCACCACCACCACCACCACCAUGAGUCUACCAAUACAUUAUCAUCUCCAGCUAAAACUAGUACUUGUACUACUACUGCUACCACUAAAUCUAAUCUGAGUGAUAAUUAUUCACAGAAUCAAUCUCAACAUCAUCAUUAUCAUUCUUAUCAUCAUAAAUCUCGUCGCCAUUUUCACUCUCAAUUAAUUUUAAUGUUCUCGUUUGUAUAUAUUGUGAUUAUUUUUACCACCAGGCUUGUGUCAUUUGUAGAUUGUCAACCUAGAACAAUACCAGCCACAAAUAGUUCUUAUGCUGCUUUUGAGGAUGUAAAUAAUAUUAAAUUUAAUCAUUUAUCGAUAAAUGAUUAUACUGGUCAAAUAUAUAUUGGAGCGGUUAACCGGAUAUACCAGCUUAAUGUAAAUUUACAACUUGAGGCUUCCGUUGAGAUGGGACCUCGACCCGAUUCAGCUGAAUGUCCGGUUACCCGUAAUUGUCCUGGUAUACGUUUAAAACCAACCAACUAUUGGAAUAAAGCUCUGGUCAUUGAUUAUCCAAAAAGUCAAUUAAUCUCCUGUGGAAGUUUAUUUCAAGGUGUUUGCUCAGUCCAUAGGUUAGAAAAUGUUUCCAUUUAUGAGACACCAGCAAACGAAUCUGUGGUAGCCAAUAAUGCAACCGCAUCAACUGUUGCCUUUAUCGCUCCUGGACCUCAAAGUUUAUCUAGAAUGCACGUUCUCUAUGUUGGUGUCUCUUAUACCGGUAAUGGUCCCUAUGGUUCCGAUGUACCGACAGUUUCUUCCCGAUCACUGGAUUCAUCAAAUAUGUUUCUUGUUGCCGCUACCGGUGUAACCACAGGAACCCGUUUACUGGUUAAUUCAUUGGCUCGAGAUCGAUAUCCAAUCAGUUAUGUUUAUGGUUUUUCUUAUCAAGGUUUCUCCUAUUUUGUCACCUUUCAAAAGAAAACAAGUGAAUCACCUAAACCAUUUAUUUCUAAACUUGUUCGAAUCUGUCAAAAAGAUCUACAUUAUUAUUCUUACACUGAGGUUCCUCUGGUAUGUAAAUCAGAUUCCUAUGAUUAUAAUUUGGCCCAAGCAGCUUAUGUAGGUAACCCUGGUUCCGAAUUGGCUGUUUCAUUGGGCAUUACUGCCCAGGAUAAAGUUUUAUUUGUAGUUUUUGCCAAAUCAAUGGAUAAAGGUGAUGUUUACAAUCAACCCGAUACCAAUUCAGCUUUAUGUGUUUAUGCCUUAUCCGCUGUCCACCGUAAAUUUACUCAAAAUGUUCAACAUUGUUUCAACGGAAACGGAAACCAAGGACUUGAUUUUGUUAAUCCAACCAAAGAUUGUGAACUAACUCAAGUGCAAAUAGGUGAUGAUUUUUGUGGAUUAGAUGUAAACACUCCUUUAGGUGGAACUAUGCCCAUUGAAGCUUCGCCCGUUUUAACUUAUCCAAAUCAUCUACUUACCUCAGUAGCUGCCACCUCCACCCAUGAUUAUACGGUUGCCUAUUUGGGUACCUCAACGGGCUUCCUGAAGAAGACAGUGGUUGAAAGUGUUACCUCAGCCUUUGAAUAUGCUACUUUGGUGAUCGAUGAAGGAAGUGCCAUUGCCAGUAAUAUGCUUUUCGCACCAACUAAUAAAAAUUAUCUUUACGUGAUGACCGAGAAAAGAGUAACUAUGCUUAAGGUUCAAGAGUGUCAAAUAUAUCGAACAUGUUCAGAGUGUUUAGGUGCUAGAGAUCCAUAUUGUGGUUGGUGUUCCCUUGAAAAUAAAUGUUCUCUUCGUAGUGAUUGUGCUGAAGCUGCAGCCGAUCCACUUUAUUGGUUAUCUUACAAAUCGGGUAAAUGUACCACUAUUACCCAUGUAAGUCCAGCUCAACUUCAACGAACCACUACUCGAACCUUAGGUCUUUUUAUUGAUAAUUUACCAGCUCUUGAUGGACAAUUUUUCUGUGCAUUUACUGCUUUCGGUAAAACUCGUAUAACCAAUGCCACCCGGUCAAAUCUUGGUAUUAACUGUCCCACACCACCAACUGAUACUCUACCUCAAAUACCACCAGGAAGUCAUCAUUUUACUGCUAAACUUUCAGUCCGAAUGAAAACUGGACCAGAUUUUGUAGCAACAAAUUUCACCUUUUACGAUUGUUCCUCUUAUAUGAGUUGUACUCAGUGUGUUUCCUCACCUUUCCCCUGUGAUUGGUGUGUCGGAGGUCAUCGUUGUACUCAUGAUACCGGAGAAAAUUGUCGAAAUGAUAUUCUGGUUACUGGUUUACGUUCAAUAGGACCAAGUAUCCGUUCAGGUCCAGGAUUUUGUCCCCGUGUUAAUGCCACUUCAGCGAUAUCAAGUGAAGUCUUAGCACCUUCCGGAAGUUCACAACGUAUUCAAGUUAAGGUUGAAAAUAUACCUCAGUUUAUUGUUUCAACUCGUUUCAUUUGCCAAUUUAAUAUCGAGGGUCGUGUUAAACAAGUUAAUGCUCAGCUAUUAGGUGAUACAAUUUAUUGUGAUCAGAUGAGAUUUCAAUAUACAACCAAUGCACCCAAUAUAACAGCAGCAUUUGCAGUUAUUUGGGAUGGAUCCAAGCCUCUUGAUAAUCCUCAAAAUAUUCAUGUAAUUGUUUAUCGAUGUCAAGGAAUGGCGGAUAAUUGUGGUAUGUGUCUGGAAUUACCUGAUAAAUACAAUUGUGGCUGGUGUCAUGAUCAAUGUGAUGUUGAAGAAAAAUGCACUGAACGCGCUCGAGACAAUCAAUUAGCUUGGCUUAAUAAACAGCAAACUUGUCCUGAUCCACAGAUUCUUGACUUUCAUCCUAAAUCAGGCCCUUGGGAGGGUGGGACCAAUAUCACCAUUGAGGGUAUUAAUUUAGGACGAAACUUUGAAGAUAUUGGUAAUGGUGUUCAUGUUGCCCAUGAACAAAACGGUGUAACCAUAGGAUUAAUUAAUUGUAUUCCAUUUAGACAACGUUAUGUGAAAACAACUCGUAUCACUUGUCAAAUACGUGAACCCAAUAUAACCCGUGUCAUGGCUAAUUCAAUUGCCGGACCGGUUGUGGUGAAAGUACAAAAUGAUUAUACUGCAAAAUCCCGUGAAUAUUAUCACUUUGUGUCUCCGCUUAUAACAUCAAUUGACCCCAUAUUCGGUCCCAGGUCAGGUGGUACUCGCCUUAAAAUUUGGGGUCUCCAUAUGAAUGCAGGUUCCUCUGUUCAAGCCUACCUUGGUGAUUUACCUUGUGAGGUAAUUUCUCGUGAUCAAAAUUUAGUUGAGUGUAUGACAUCAGGACGCUCUGAACCUGGCGAUGAACGGGUUCACGUACGAUUUGAUUACGGUGUACGAACCUUUGAAUCAUAUCAUUUCUCUUACAUUGCCGAUCCAACCAUAUCAACAGUUGAAGCCGGUUCCGGUCAGAAAUAUGUUCCAAAGGGUAUUCCCUCAGGGGGUAUCCGUAUUUUUGUGAAAGGAACCAACCUUAAAUCAGUUCGUAAUCCAAUGUUAUAUGUUGAAGUUCAAGGAGUAAAGUACAAUAGUUCAUGUGUCGCUGAAACCGAAGCUGAUAUGAAAUGUAAAAGUCCAGCGGUUCCCUUGGAUAAGCUUGAUUUCUCCGAGCAAGAUGAUUAUGUUGAAUUACAUUAUGGUUUUAUCAUGGAUGCGGUUCCUUCAGUUAUGGAUUUAACUAAACGUCGUCACAAUCCAUUUACCAAAUUUCGUAUGUUCCGUAAUCCAGAAUAUCAUAAUUUCAAUGAACCAAAGAGAGUCAAAUAUUACAAAUCGGACUACUUAACUAUUAAUGGUAAGAAUCUUGACCGAGCCUCCCAAGAAGCUGAUGUUAUGGUUAAAAUAGGUUCCAAGUUUUGUGAUGUUACAAGUUUAUCACGAUCUCAAUUAACUUGUCGUCCACCAACCUCACAACCACCCGCCAUGAGAGCCAAUGGUGAAUCUGAUGAUAGUGCAAUACCGGAUGUUGUGGUCAUGGUGGGUGAUACCCUUAACUAUACAAUUGGAAAAUUAAGUUAUGAGCGUCCACCCUCACCCGAUGCUAACCUUCCCAAACCGGUGGUCAUAGCGGUUAUCAUUGGUACUUGUGCUCUUGUUGUGGUUGUGAUUGUCAUCUUAAUCGCCUACAAGCGUAAAUCAACAGAAUCUAAUCGAGUACUUCGAUCAAUGCAAGAACAAAUGGAUGUCCUUGAACUUCGAGUCGCCUCAGAGUGUAAAGAAGCUUUUGCCGAACUUCAAACUGAGAUGACUGAUCUUACAGGUGAAAUGACGGCUACUCGAAUACCUUUCCACGAAUAUCGUAUUUAUGCCAUCAAAGUUUUAUUCCCCAAUGACAAUGACCAUCCAGUAUUACGUGAAAUGGAUAUUGAACCAAUUCGACGAGCCUCAUUGGAAAAAGGUCUAAAAGCUUUCGGACAACUUAUCAUGAACAAAACAUUCCUCCUUCUCUUUAUACGAACUCUUGAAUCUAAUCGUAAUUUCUCAAUGAGAGAUCGUGUUAAUGUUGCAUCUUACAUUAUGGUCGCUCUUCAAGGUAAAAUGGAAUAUUGUACCGAUAUUUUGAAAACACUUCUCGCUGAUCUGAUUGAACGUUGUAUGGAAGGUAAAUCUCAUCCUAAGCUACUUCUCCGUCGAACCGAAUCAGUGGCUGAGAAAAUGUUAUCUUCCUGGUUUACUUUCCUAUUGUACAAAUUUCUUCGUGAAUGUGCUGGUGAUCCAUUGUAUCUACUUUAUCGAGCAAUCAAACAACAGGUAGACAAAGGUCCAGUCGACGCUAUAACAAGUGAAGCUCGUUACUCAUUAUCAGAGGAGAAGUUAAUUCGACAAUCAAUUGAAUAUAAACCUUUAACUGUUUAUGUUGUCAUGUCCAGUCAAACAGUUAACCAAUAUGUUUCCGGUAUUGAUCAAAUCAUGGGUCAAGGUGAAAAUAUUGAGAUACCUGUAAAGGUACUCGAUUGUGAUACAAUAUCUCAAGUGAAAGAAAAAUGUCUCGAUGCCAUUUAUCGUAAUGUACCUUACUCACUACGUCCAUCUAAAGAUGAUCUUGACCUUGAAUGGAGAACCGGUCAAUCUGGGCGUCUCAUCUUAUCCGAAGAAGAUACAACAUCUAAAUUUGAUGGUGAAUGGAAACGUGUCAAUACUCUUGCUCAUUAUCGAGUCUGUGAUGGAGCCUCACUCAGUUUAGUGCCUAAACAAAGCUCCAUGUACAAUUUAUCCAUUUUAUCAGAUAAAAUGGAUAAACAUAAAUAUGAAACUCUUAACUUCGGUGGUUACAAUAAAGCCUGUUCACCUCCCCUUUCUCGGGCCACAUCUCCGCUAAAUCAUGACCUAGAAAAUGGUUAUAAAAUGUGGCAUUUGGUUCGUCAUUCUGAUGGUGAACAGUCCAAAGAUGAGCGUAAUAAUCGUCUAGUCACCGAGAUUUACUUGACCAGAUUACUUUCAACAAAGGGAACGUUGCAAAAGUUUGUCGACGAUCUGUUCGAGACAAUAUUUUCCAUAGCUAACCGAGGGUCAGCUUUACCAUUAGCUAUUAAAUAUAUGUUUGAUUUUCUUGACGAUCAAGCCAUCAAUCAUGGUAUCACUGAUCUGGAAACAGUUCAUACCUGGAAAUCAAAUAGUUUACCCCUUCGUUUCUGGGUUAAUCUGAUUAAAAAUCCAAACUUUGUUUUUGACAUAAACAAAUCAAACAUAGUGGACUCUUGCCUGUCCGUGGUUGCUCAAACUUUCAUGGACGCUUGUUCAAAAUCGGAUCAUCGUCUAGGUAAAGAUUCACCAUCAAGUAAACUCCUUUACGCCAAGGAUAUACCAAUUUACAAAGAUUGGGUUGAAUCAUAUUAUCGAGACAUUAAAACGAUGCCAGCAAUUAGUGAUCAAGAUAUGAAUUCAAUGUUAGCCCAAGAAUCAAGGCUUCAUGCUCAUGAAUUCAAUACAAAUGUAGCUUUACAAGAACUUUACAAUUUCGCAGUUAAAUAUAACGAACAGCUUAUGUGUACUUUACAAGAAGAUGAAUUUUCCGUCAACCACAAACUUGCCUACAGACUGGACCAAGUUCAUUCAAUGAUGUAAUAAUAUCACCCUUAUCCUUUUAAAUGAUCAUCCUCUCAUCAUCAUCAUCAUUUCAUUUUUGUUUACCUCCAAUUAAAGGAAAUGAUUUUCAUACCAAA